AACAAGGCCCUGGUCAUGUGACCCGUCGGCCAUGUUUGCCGUUUGGGAAUGAAAGAAGCCAAUAAAGCUGCCUUUAUUCUAGGCGGCCUCGGAGAAGCCCUGGCGACCAGGCGCCUGGAUCCCAAUGGCAACGGCAGCAGCAGCAGCAGCAGCCAAGGAGGCUUCUUUGGAGGCAUCCAUGGAGCUGCAUCUGCAACGAGCCCAAGCUUUCAAGGAGGAAGGCAACCGCUGCUACAAAGAAGGGCGCUUCCGGGAUGCUGUGAGUCGCUACCACUGGGCCCUGCUGCAGGUGAAAGGGCUGGAUCCCAGCGUCCCUUUUCCCUUGCAGGAAUUUGGCGCAGAGAGAGCGUCCAUGACCUCUGAACAGGAGAGGGUACUUCACAACAUCCAAAGCGACUGCUAUAACAAUCUCGCUGCAUGCCUCCUUCAGAUGCAACAUGUCAACUAUGAACGCGUGAAAGAGUACAGCCUAAAGGUCUUGGAAAGGCAGCCGGAGAAUGUGAAAGGACUGUAUCGUGCUGGAGUGGCUUUCUACCACCUGAAGGAUUAUGACAAGGCACGGCACUAUCUUCUGGCAGCAACCAGUAAACAGCCCAAAGAUGCCAAUGUGAAGCGAUACCUACAGAUGACAGAAACCCAGCUGAGCAGCUACCAUCAAAAGGAAAAGCAACUGUAUGUGGGGAUGUUCGGCUAGAGGCGAUGCAUUCUCCUUGGAAACACCUAGACGCAACAGUGUUGGUGCCUGGUUUUUUAUGGUCCCCUACAUGGUUAUUGGGUUCAGAAGUGUCAAAUCUGCAGUGCCUUGAAAAAUGUGUUUAAUGACCAAUCUAAUUGUAAAAGAUGUGCAGUUUCAACAGUAUUGUUGCUUUUGGGUAGAACAGGUUGUGGGUGGAUGGUGACGUCCCAAAUUUGUCUCCUUCUCUGCACUGCAGCUGAAAGGCAUCCAUGUGGUCAAUACUGUGUUUUCAGGCUUCCCCUCUUUCCAGCUGAUUUAUAAAAUAGCAUGGUAAAUUAAA